AUGGCAUUGGAGCCACUCCCCAAAUUGUCAUCACUUACAGUGCUACUGUUAAGUCUCAUCCCACUGAGUUCUGGAGCUUUUGCAGGAGGUGUUCGCGUUGAGUUGACUCAUGUCCAUGCCAACGCUGGUGACAGUGAGGCUAAACUGAUCCAACGUGCGGUAGCAAGUAGCAGGCACAGGCUCUCGACCCUCGUCGAUCGUGCUCCGCUCCACGCCGGCAAAACCGAGUACAUCCUCGACAUAGCCAUCGGUACGCCGGCGCUUGCCUUCUCUGCACUCGUCGACACAGGGAGCGAUCUCAUAUGGACCCAAUGCAAGCCCUGCUCCAACUGCUACUGGCAGUCAAGUCCGGUGUUCGACCCAUCGAAGUCCUCCACCUUCGGCACGAUCGCAUGCGAUAGCACGCUGUGCAAAGCGCUGGACCAACACUCGUGCAACGCUUCCUGCCACUACUCUUACAUGUACACCGACCACUCCUACACCGAAGGCGUGCUCGCCACCGAGACCUUCACGAUCGGCUCUACCUCCGUGCCCGGCCUCGCAUUCGGUUGCGGCAACUCGAACGACGGCGUCGCCUUCGCCGAGGCGGCUGGCUUCGUCGGCCUUGGACGCGGGAAGCUCUCCCUCAUAUCGCAGAUGGGCUUGACGGAGUUCUCGUAUUGUCUCACUCCAUUCGGAUCGCGGAAGAAAAGCACUCUCUUGAUAGGUUCUCUGCCGAACCCUAAUGCGACUGCACAUCCAGUUAUGUCGACGCCCAUAGUUCGCAACAAAUCCUGGCCGAGCUUCUACUACAUCACUCUCACUGGAAUAACGGUAGGAGGAACUGUUGUUGACAUCCCAACCUCCACAUUUGCCAUCAACGGAGAUGGGAGUGGGGGAAUGAUCAUAGACUCGGGCACCUGGCUCACGUACCUGGAGUACAGUGCCUAUGACAAGGUGGCAGAUGCUUUCACGGCUCAGAUAAAAAACAUGAACACCACCGAUCAAUCCCUCUUCGACCUCGACCUCUGCUACGAGCUGCCGCCGAAAUCGACCCCCGACACCUUGAACCUUCCCAAGCUCAUCUUCCACUUCCAGGGAGCAGAUCUGAAGUUGCCACCAGGGAACUACUUCGGCGUGGACAGCGACACCAGCUCUAUAUGCCUCAUGAUGGCGGAGUCGAGCGGGUUAUCGGUGUUCGGCAACUUCAUGCAGCAGAACAUGCAGGUGAUGUAUGAUCUGGGGAACGAUGUGCUGUCUUUCUACUCAGCCGAGUGCGGCUAG